AGAGAUUGUUAUCAGUAUCUGCGUGACAAGCUAGGCCACCAGAGGUCAAGUUCAUUUUGCUCGUCGUACAAAAUUGAGAUUAUUUUUUUUUGUUUUCUUUUCCCAAUUGUUAAAAUAGCGAAAACAAAAGAAAGAAAAAGAUUAGCUCACAACAUUUUCUCCUUGAACAAAACUUUUUUCUUCUUUUCUCAUCAAACAAUAUCAACUGUUAAAGAAGAGUGGUGGUUAAGUGUUUUGGGUGCUCAUCAACCGCGGUGACGAGUGUGUUGUGACGUCAAACACGAGCUACGAUGAAUAACGAUUCCACCUGCAAUCAGCCAAGCUCUCUCACUGUUGAUUCCCUUUCGUACAAGGAACUUCAAGUACUGGCAAUGUCUCUCAGUCUCCCCGGAAAGAUGAAGCAAGGGGUAUUAGUGGAAGCCAUUAAAGCCCGACAGAAUCAAAACGAACAGGCCGUCGCCAUGAUUUUGGAGGCUAAUAGGCAAAGGAGGAUCCUACGACGUGAGGAACAGCUGCGAUCGCAGCAGCAACAACUAUUGAAGCUCAAAGAUGAGAGCAAACGCGCGCCAAAGUAUCUGUCCCGUUCGAAAAUGAAACGAUCGGCCAGUGAAAUGGAUCCAGCGGCGUACAUUUUCAACGAAGAGACUUUCAAGCGUUCGAAAUUGGCAGCCGCGUUGAGUCAACAGUCCCGAGGGCCGGCCAGCUUCUCUUUCAGUUCGUUGACGACAGGACCCACUUCACUGACGAUCCGUAAAGAGCAUCAAUACCAAGCAGUUAUGGGCGGCUGCAGCACAUGGGACCAACAACAAACGGUUGUAAGCGACCCGGUCGUUGGCCUUCCGUCAAUGCACGACAUGAUGCACCAGAAACCUUUGCCGGACCUCUCCAAAGAGUUAUCGAUCCUUCCCUUGUUGAGCGACUGCAGCAACAGUGGCGGGAGCGGAGUAAAUUCGUCCAUCAACGAGGAUCUAUGCUGCAGCGUGGGCAGCGUUAGCGCAAACAGUACCAGCAGUUGGCAGUCUGGCAGCAGUGGCGACAACCUUCAUCCGCUUCCGCAGAGCAGUUUUGAAAGCUGCGAUUCCGGAUGGAUGGGAGCAGACGAUUCCUACGAUCUCAACACGUGGAAAAACCUCCAAAACAUUCGGUUAAACAACAAUGGAUUAGAGAAUACAUCUCUACCCACCAAUUCAUCCAGCAGCUAUUUUGAUCCGGCGACACCAGCACCCGACAUGUUUAUGAACAACAACGACCUUUAUUCUCCGGAUGAUUUCAUAUCGUCGCCCGUCACAGGUUCCAAUUACAACACGGACUUUGAGCUGCCUCUGGAAUCUUCCAGUGGCUAUCAAGACGUCAACGUAAAACAAGUUCCUUCUUCGUCGACGUGGUGCGAAUCCUUCAUCCAGCAGUCGGCCCAACAGUCAUCUAUGCAAAAUGUUUGCUCGACGAUGCCUUCCAAUUCCCAUGCGACCUCUACCAACGAUUGCUGUUAUGACUUUGACUGCUACCAACUGGGCGGCCCUUUCUUCCGCAUCCAGAGGCCUGGUAAUCCGACGUCCGUCUUUGUCCCCAGUGGCCGCAGCUUGACGCUGUCCACGUUCUGCAACAUGUUGCCCCGAGUCGCCUCUUAUGUCCAAUGAAAUUAUCUUAACGAAUUUAAUGUUAAUAUCAAUUUGAUGAAUUUCGUUCAUUGCGCCUUACAGGUCCGCCUUUCCUUUAAUUGAUCCUUUCUAUCUUGUCCAGUUAUUUCAUUUAAUUUAAUUCAAAACUUAAAAACAAAAAAAAAGCUAUAAUUUAUCGAUAUCUCAUCUUAUCGAUUUCAUUUAACCCCGUUUAAUCAAUUUGUUUCUUUGGAUUUUUGUUGUCUGAUUGCCUAACACGCACACAUUCGAGAGGUUGUUGGGUCCCCCCUUUUGUUGUGAUAAGUUGUUUGGCUGCGAGCCAUGCGCGUUCAUGCGGAAAUAAACGCAACUUUGUUUUGCCUCAAAAGUUAA